AUGAAGCCAACUUGGAAAAUAUGGGCUCUAGAGAUAUCCUGCAUCGCACUGAGCACGGUUCUCUUAGCCGUUAUCAUUGUUGUACUCCUCAAAUACGAUUCGCAAAAGCAACCGAACUGGCCGCUGGAUGCUACACUGAACUCGUUCCUCGCAUUAUUCACCACCUUGGCGAAGGCUGCCUUCAUGGUACCCGUCUGCGCUUGCAUCAGCCAGUCACAAUGGGCCUGGUUCAACAAAAAUAGUGUAACUCGACCUCUCUACGACUUCGAGGUGAUAGAUCAAGCAAGCCGAGGGGCCUGGGGCUCCUUGAUACUACUCUGGCGAUUCCGAUUCCGGCAUUUUGUAGUUCUGGGAGCGCUCCUCACCGCUAUCAGUGGUCUGACAUCGCCCAUUACACAAUUAUCGAUCAAGUACUCACUGAAAGAAACGCCCGUCGCAAAAGAGGCAACAGAAAGCCAAGCUACUACGCGAGUUGUCCGAGAUCUAAUGUACCCCAGAGAUAAACUCGAGUCAGCAAUCCGUUUCGGCGGCUACCAAACUUUCGUCCUAGAUUAUGAGAAUUUUCAGAAGCCUUUACCUUAUGCUGAUGUCGACACUAACGCAACAUUUUGUUCAACAGGCAACUGCACAUUUGAUCAAUAUAGGUCCCUUGGGAUCUGCGUAAAGAUGGCAAACAUAACAUCUUUCCUGAAAGUUGAGAAGUUCGAAGACGGAACAAUGACAGAAACACCCGUACUAGCCGACAGAAUUCUCCCAAAUAGCAGCGUUUGGAAGCUUUCGCUUCUUGGUGGUUUUGAAUUCGACCAUCAAAGCAAAGCAGCAUUGUUCACAGAUAUACUGGACGGCAACCACACGUUUGCAUUCCAGCACAGCCCAGCUCUACUUCGAGCAAGACUUGCAUCAUUCUUUCUGAUCUACACUACGCCAAUACUUACCGAGGUUGACAAGACCUGGUGGCGGUCUAGAGACAAAAGUCCAAACCUGACAUGGAAGGAGGCAUGGACUCAUGUCCACAGUUUCGAGCAUGAGGCCGUCGAAGUUCUCUUCCACCUUUGUGUGCAAUCUUAUACCACUACAGUCCAGCUAGGUAGAGAGCAAACCCUCAUUCAGGACACUUUUACCGAGCCCAGUGGCAAAGGCGACCAAGCAUUUAUCGAUAUGGAAUGUCCAUCGUUGGUUCGAAACGACUCGUAUGCAUGCAUGACUAGGCCGAACCGCUGGAAUGAAACCCUUAGCCUCAAAAGUCCGACACGAAGUGGAACUCAUUCAGUCAAGCCGCUUCGAACCGAAACUGAAGACUUCAGUGCGAGUUACCACGCGAUGGAACUGAUCUCCCAAUUAUUGAGGACUUACUUCGCAGGUCUUGGAUUCGUUACCAUGUCUCCGGCUGCCAAUGGAUUUCUUCCACUUUAUACCAAAGGUUCUCAAUUCUUAACUACACUUCACACCUCAGUGUUGUUCUCGCGAUCCAACAUACAAAACUCUGAGAGUCGAAAACUUUGCCUCGAGAAUAUUUACAAAAACGCUGCCACCUUAUUGUCUGCUUCACUCCGGAUGAAACGGCCCUACGAUCAAUGGACGAAAGGCGUAUUCAGUGUUCCCGGGCGGGCAACAACAAUGGCCACAUACGUCAAUAUAAGGUGGCCUUGGGUGAUAUUACUCGCAGCCGAUAUCGCGGCCGCAGCAGUUUUUCUUGUCAUUACAAUCGUUUACUAUACGGGAGGCUCAGAUUCAGAUUAUAAAGACCUCAAAAGCUCGUCGUUGGUCACUCUUGUCGCUCUCGGUCCAGGCUGCCGCACUGCGGUGGGUGGAGGUCUACAGGCUGUGGAUGCCAUGAAGAAGCUCGCGAAAGGGGUUCAGGUCCAGCUCAUAGGGAGCCAGAUUGUGGUCGCUGAGGAUACGGCAGAGAAGACUCCCUCACAAGAGACGUCGUGCGGCGUGUCCGGCGCUGAAGAAGGUGUUCCCAGGGAGAUGGAUCGUACUCAGGGGUAG